UAAGCUAACUAAACAUCUUUCUGAAUUCUAUAUCAGUAAUGGUGAACUGAUCCAUUGCUGGCGAAUCUGAAGGUGCAAAGUCUACUCUCAAGCUGCAGCAUCCUUAUACUCAAACUUUUCUAUACCCUAUCAACCUUUAUCAUUCAUAUGUAUAAAACAAAAAAUAGCAGCUUCAGUAUUAACUGGAGGGAGCAUUCCGUGGUCGUUAGUUGCAGCAUCUGUUCACGCUGUUUUCGUGCAGAUUGGCCAUGGAUCCGCAUAGGAAUUUUGUAAAUAGUUUUGUCGAGGGCUUAUUUAGUCUACGUGUGACUGUUGGCUCGGUCAGGCAGAGGACCUGCAAAAGUUUGUCUUGAAUAAAUGUAUGCGCCUCUUCUUUUUUUUGCCCCGCAUUGUUCAGGCACACUUCUACGAAACCUCCAUUAGGCGCAAGUUUAUUCGUCUGCUCGGUUUUUAUCAGUCAUCUUUUAUGCCUUUUUUAGUGGACACCCGUGGGCGGGGAGAAGCACACUGUUUUUUGGGGGAAGGGGGAGUUUUUUUGUGAGCAGCAGUCUGACAGCGGGGUGGGCUGAAAGGGCCUGAUAGUCUAUUCGGGGACGCAGACAGCGAAAGGGAGCGCAACAGAGCGCACACACAUACACUCACUCCCCAACACUACGGAGCUGCGCUUCCCACAGACACACACGUACUUCUUUCUCACCCUCAUCCUAAAACCUUCAAGUGGAUGUAUGCAACAGAUCCGUCGGUGGAAGAAGGAAAAGCUGGAAAAUUGGGGUUGAAAUGGUGUUUUUGUGAAAACAGAAGAAGAGAGCGUCUUUUUUUUCCAAUCAUAUUUAUUUUCAAGAUACGGAGGAUACGACAGACCGUCGGAGAGAGAGACCCAAGGAAAUACAAUGAGCUACGUAUAACGACAUUUUGCUAACUCUCUUUUGUGGAAGUAUUGCCUUUUCCCCGGGCACUGAAUACAGGAAUGAAAAUGAAUCCAACCACGGGGAACACCUCAUUUUGCACUUCUUUUCUGAAACUUAUUCUCUUGGCAACCUUAGUGCACUGCGGUUUGGGUAUGACUUUAAAAUACAAAGUUUACGAGGAGCAGAGAGUGGGAACCGUGAUCGCAAGGUUGAAAGAAGAUGUCUCAGCUUAUCUGGCUAAACUCCCGAGGUCUGUUACUCCACUGUUCCGAGCCAUGCAAGGGGGAAGCACCCCGUUCCUUUCAGUGAAGGAGGAGGACGGAGAAAUCAGCGUCGGAACUAAAAUCGACCGGGAAAAGCUUUGUGAGAAAAACCUUAAUUGUUCUAUCGCGUUGGAAAUCAUCACCUUACCAACAGAAUACCUACAACUGUUUCACGUCGAGGUGGAAGUGUUGGAUAUAAAUGAUAAUUCUCCGCAGUUUGCCCGUGCCAUCAUACCCAUUGAGAUCUCGGAGAGCGUCCCGAUGGGUACGCGCAUCCCCCUAGACAGCGCCACCGACCCAGACGUGGGAGAGAACGCACUUCACACGUACUCUCUGACGCCUAAUAACUUUUUCAAAAUCGACAUUCGGACAAGGACAGAUGGCGCCCGAUAUGCGGAGCUGGUUGUGGUCAGGGACCUGGACAGAGAAGUGCAGUCCAGCUACCAACUGCAGCUGACCGCGUCCGACUCCGGCAUACCGCCGAGGACCGGCACAACACUUCUCAAAAUCAGCAUCUCCGAUUCGAACGACAACAGCCCGGCUUUUGAUGAGCAAGCGUACGUCGUUAAUCUGUUUGAGAAUUCGCCACUGGGGACUCUGUUGGUCGACCUGAACGCCACUGACCCGGAUGAAGGAAGCAACGGGAAAAUAGUCUACUCCUUCAGCAGUCACGUUUCCCCUAAAAUCCUUGAAACCUUCAAAAUUAACCCCGACAACGGCCAGAUCACACUCAUCAAGAAAGUGGACUACGAGCAGACCAACUCGUACGAAAUCGACGUCCAAGCCCAGGACAUGGGACCCAACUCCAUCCCCGGCCACUGCAAGAUCAUCAUCACCGUGGUGGACGUCAACGACAACAAGCCCAAGAUCAACAUCAACCUGAUGACCCAGGGCAAGGAGGCCGUGGCCUACAUCUCCGAGGCGGCGCCGCUGGACACCUUCAUCGCCCUGGUGCGCGUGGACGACAGCGACUCGGGCCUCAACGGCGAGGUGGUGUGCCGCCUGCACGGCCACGGCCACUUCAAGCUGCAGAAGACCCACGAGAAGAACUACAUGAUCCUGACCAACGUGUCGCUGGACCGCGAGAAGCGCUCCGAGUACAGCCUGACGGUCAUCGCCGAGGACCGCGGCUCGCCCAGCCUCUCCACCAUCAAGCACUUCACCGUGCAGGUGCUGGACGAGAACGACAACCCGCCGGUGUUCGAGAAGAGCCGCUACGAGAUCUUCAAGUCGGAGAACAACUCGCCCGGGGCCUACCUGACCUCGGUGGUGGCCACCGACCCCGACUUGGACGGCAACGGCCAGGUGACCUACACCAUCCUGGAGAGCCUCGUCCAGGGGAGCUCCAUCUCCACCUACGUCACUAUCGACCCGUCCAACGGCGCCAUCUACGCCCUGCGCAGCUUCGACCGCGAGGACGUGAGCCGGAUCUCGUUCACGGUGCAGGCGCGCGACAGCGGCGUCUCGGCGCAGCUCAGCUCCAACGCCACCGUCCUCCUGACCGUGCUGGACGAGAACGACAACCCGCCGGUAGUCGCCGCGCCGAUGCUGCACAACCACAGCGCCGACGUGCCCCUCUGGCGCUACGCCGAGCCGGGCCACCUGGUGACGGUCGUCCAGGCCACGGACCGCGACGCCGGCGCCAACGCCGAGCUCAGCUGCUCCAUCACCGGCGGCAACGCGGAGGGCCUGUUCGUCAUGGACGCCAAGCGCUGCGAGAUCCGCACCAACGCCAGCGUGGACGGGCCGGGCCGCGACGGCUUCGAGGUGGCCGUCCUGGUGCAGGACCGCGGCACGCCCAUACGUCUCUCCACCCGCGCCCUCCUCCGCAUCCACCUGCAGGAGAACCUGGAGAGCCACGCCCUGCCGCCGCCCGGCGACCAGUCGCCGCUGGACAUCUCCAUGGUCAUCAUCAUCUCGCUGGGCGCCAUCUGCGCCGUGCUGCUGGUGGUCAUGGUGAUGUUCGCCACGCGCUGCUCGCGCGAGCAGAAGGACCCGCGCCACUCGUACAACUGCCGCGUGGCCGAGUCCACCUACCAGAACCACCCCAAGAAGCCGGCGCGGCAGAUCCACAAGGGCGACAUCACGCUGGUGCCCACCGUCAACGGCACGCUGCCCGUGCGCGCCCACCACCACUGCUCGCCCUCGGCCUCGCCCUCGCCCUCGCCCGCCGACCGCGCGCAGAUGGGCAGCCGCCAGAGCCACCACAGCCGCCAGUCGCUCAACAGCCUGGUGACCAUCUCCUCCAAUCACGUGGCGGAGAACUUCGCCCUGGAGCUGGCGCACGCCACGCCUCCUGUGGAGCAAGUCUCACAGCUUCUGUCCAUGCUCCAUCAGGGCCAGUACCAACCGAGACCCAGUUUCCGUGGAAACAAAUACACCAGGAGCUACAGGUAUGCACUGAAUGAGAUGGACAAGUUCAGCCUGAAGGACAGCGGGCGUGGGGACAGCGAGGCUGGGGACAGUGACUGUGAGAUGGGCCGCGAAUCCCCACUAAUGGGCGAGGGAUUCAACGAACUCUUCACCCCUGAUGGCCAGCCCAGACUGCAUCCAGCCAUGAAGCUGUGUACGGAAGAAUGCCGCGUGCUGGGUCACUCGGACCAGUGCUGGAUGCCCCCGCUGCCCUCCCCGGCGUCCUCCGACUACCGCAGCAACCUGUACAUCCCGGGCGAGGAGAACCCCCAGCAGCCGGCCGCCCCCGAGGUGCCCCAGCCCAGCGGCGGCGGCGGCAUCUGCGGCGGAGGCGGCGACACGGCCCAGCGCAAGAAGAGCUUCUCCACGUUCGGCAAGGAGGCGUCGUCGGGCGAGCGCGCGGCCGAGGGCGAGGAGGCGUCGGGCGAGGCGGACGGCGCCGAGGACCUGUGCGGCACGUCGCUGCUGUCGGAGAUGAACAGCGUCUUCCAGCGCCUGCUGCCGCCCUCGCUCGACGCCUACGAGACGUGCAACGAGAACGCGGCCGUGUCGCUGGCGGCGGAGAGGCCGGCGGCGCAGGUGGCCCACGGCGGAGGGCCGGUGGGCAUGGGCUCGCUGGAGAGGAGGAAGGGGCACCUGCCCGGCAAGCCCAGCGCGGCGUGCUUCCAGCAAGGCGUGGCCGCCUGGGCGGCCAACACGCACUUUCAGAACCCGGGCCACGCGCCCGGGAGCCACAUGAGCGGCAUGGCGCCCACGGCUCUGUCGGCCGGCGUGCCCAUGAUGGCGGGCGCCGCGCCCGUCGUCUCGGCGCCCGUCGUCUCGGCGUCCCAGCCGCCCACCUCCAAGUGGCUGCCGGCCAUGGAGGAGAUCCCGGAGAACUUCGAGGAGGACGAGUUCGACUCGGUGCUCGGCCACCUGCAGGGCAAGCGCGCCGACAGCCGCAGCGAGAUCAUGGACGCCAGCGAACUCGUGGCCGAAAUCAACAAGCUCCUGCAGGACGUGCGGCAGAGCUAGAACGUUAAAGAAACGCUCCCAAAGACUGCCCCCAAGAGGCUUCGCCAUGUGACUCUUAUUUAUCUCUCGUUCUGUCUUUCUCUCUUUCUCUCUCUUGGAGAAAUCCUGCCACUCCCCCGUAUGGCCAGAGGGGGAGCUGUGAUGUGGAAAAAAAAUGGAAAAACAGAUAAAAGUAACUGAAAAACAGGACCCUGCAAUUGUCGUUAAAGUUGCAAUUCUGAUGUAUCGUGUUUUUUGGUGAAUGCUAAUUAUCCAAAUAAUGUUUGUAUUUUCUUGUUUGGUACACAGUGUACACAGUGUGAGUGUAUUUAUCUUUGUAUUUUAAAAAUACAAUUUGUAUUCUUUAUAUUUAUAUUUAAAAAAAAACUGUAAAUAACUUUAAACAAUCAGAUGUCUAUUUUUAUAUUUUGAAUGCAUGUUGACAAAAGUAAUCAAAAAGACAUGCAUCUGUAAAUCUUCAUAUUUAAGUACUUCAUGUUUUUAUGUCAGUUAUAUAUAAAAUUAUAUAAGUAUAUGUUGAGCUAGGGCACACUAUAAUUAUGUUUUUUGGGAUGGGAUGCACAAAUAAACUAUGAAGGUUGUUUUUUAUAUAAAUGGAGCAUGUUGGGUUUUGUAUACUGUUAAUGGUGUAUUCUUCAUGUAUUGUGUCAUAACUUAUAUUUAAUGUUUGGUGGAGAGCAAAAAAUAAAGCUACAUGCUGGAAAU